AACAUGCAUUAGCCCCUCCUCUGAGAAGAGGAAACAUCCGUCUCUGAUAAACAACACUCCGUGUAGUGUCACCCCAUCCAUUUAUUGAAAUAAAACAUAAAAAAAAAAAAAUGGUUCGAAAACUCAAAUAUCAUGAACAGAAGUUACUGAAAAAAGUGGAUUUUAUCAACUGGGAGGUUGACAACAAUAUCCAUGAAGUCAAAGUACUUCGAAAAUACCGCAUGGACAAAAGAGAAGAUUACACAAAGUAUAAUAAGCUCAGCAGGAAUGUUCGAGAACUUGCACAAAAAAUUCGAGACCUAGAUGAAAAAGACACUUUUCGAAUCCAGAGUACUGCCAAGCUUCUAGAGAAACUCUAUGCCAUGGGUUUGAUACCGACCAAACAGAGUCUUCAGCUGUGUGAAAUGGUUUCCGCCUCUUCUUUUUGCAGGAGACGUCUCCCCACCAUUGUAGUCAGGCUAAGAAUGGCACAAAACCUAAAAACUGCUGUCACAUUUAUUGAACAAGGACAUAUUCGUGUAGGCCCAGAAGUAAUAACAGAUCCAGCAUUCCUGGUGACAAGGAACAUGGAAGAUUUUGUGACAUGGGUGGACUCCUCAAAGAUUAAAAAGCAUGUUAUGGAAUAUAAUGAAGAGAGAGAUGAUUUUGACCUUGGCUUGUAGAAGUGAAGAGAUUUUGAUCUUCCGUCAGACUCACCAGUAUUCUUUUUCGAAGGCCAGUUGUGACCCAUUGCAUCAAUAAUUAAAACAUUCAAGUAUAAGUUUCUGCAGCCUUUUCUUUUGUAUUGACACAAUAAAUACCAAACUGAAAUAAAUCUGAAAAAUAUUAAAUAUUGUAUUUUGAAUAUCAAAAUCAAUUUUUAAAUAGUUACACCAGCCAAAAAAUAGUGUUUUCAUAAAACACUGUUUUUGGUUAUAGCAACUACUUCUGUGGCUGUCCCCAGCUCCACCCUCCUCAACCUCCCCAAACAAAUCUAUACAUUUUUACCAACUCCAAGUCCAGUUUUUCCCAAAUCCUGAUCUUCUUCCAGCUGAUAGGAGGACAUUGGCAGUACGGAGGGGAUGUGCCAUUCGGCAGCUGAGGGGGUUAAUCUAAGUAUGCACAGCAUUUUAAAACCCAACGCUGCACAUACAGACAUAAGGCACCAUGACCACUUCAAAUAAAUGAAGUGGUCAUGGUGCUUGGAGUAAAUCUUUAAUUGUAGGGUGAGGUUUUUUUUUUUGAGAUCUUAAACCGAAAACUUUCUCCAAAAUGUCGGCACAAUAUUUGUAUCUUUAAAAUAUUUAAAAAUCUGUGAAAUAUUCAAAUAUUGGACAUAAACAGUCCUCCUUUCAUAAACUGUAACUUGUUAAAUUGUCUUUUGUAGGAAAAUAAUGGGACAUUUAACUAAACACGUUGCCCCCUUUUAACACUUCUCUUGUUUAUAUAAAAACAAUAAAAAUACUUUUUU